AUGAUGGAUGACAAGGGCAUGCCCAUCGAACGGUUUGUGUUUGAAGUGGACUUGGGCGAGGAGGACGUCAUCACCUACGACCCAAUGGACCUCCAGAAGGAGUUCUGCUCCUUCCUUCUCAAGGUCAGCAUGGCCGAGGCCUACCAGCUGCCGCUGCCCGAAGCUCUCUUUGGCAGGGUCAACCUGGGCGCUCAUGGUGGAGACGAAAGAACCCAUGCCAGGCGGCGAGCACUGGCUGAAGACGGACCUGCCCAGCGAGGGAGCGGCCAUUCUGCCACUGAAGUCAGGACUGUUGACGAAGCACAAGAUGCAACUCUUCAUAGAGACCUUUGCCCCAUGGGUUGUUGUUGA